UUCACCACUACUCCCAAGUUCGAAUAUGUCGUCUUCCAUGCCAGUUGUCAGCCGGCGAUUGUGUGCCUCCGCACGCUAUCUCGUCACAUCAGGAACAUGACAGGCAGUUUGAAGCUUCCACAGAUCUCACAAUCUCCGAAUAGUUCUGACCGCUGCAUCCUUUCCAAUCGGCACCAGAUACUAUCCAAUUAUAUGGGGUGGGAGAUCUCACGAUGUUCCCAAAGCUCGUUGCUCUCGAUACAGAUGGUACGAUCUUUACCGGUCAGCUUGACCAAGAUGUAUGGGGAAAGGGUCCGAGGGCUGCUCAUAAGCUUGCGGAUAACAUCCACAAGGUUGACGAGCUCACCCUCGAGGACAGAAGCGAUCGCGACAACAAGAUCAAAAUGAACCCCGACAUUCCUAAGAUCGUCACCGAUAUCCUCAGCAAAGGUGCCUCUCUUGCUAUCGUGUCACGGAAUACCAGCAAGGCUUUAUGCGACCGAGCUCUAUACUAUUUUCACACCAUAGAUCCCAAGUCUGGAGAAACGAAACCGAUAAUCAAGCUUGUACGCUACGAUGAAGUCGUCGAUGAACCAAAAUCCGAACAUUUUAAACGAAUCCAUGGGUGGUGCAAGUACGACUACACCGAUAUGGUCUUUUUCGACGACGAGGCUCCAGACGAUGUCAGCGAUCUCGGAGUCGUCGUAAACGGCUGUCCACCCGAAACCGGCUUAACUUGGGAAACCUACUCGAAAGGGAUUGCACACUGGGUCAAAACAAAGAACGGGGGACCAACGCCUGGGUCGACCACUAAAUUAGAGAUUGCUCACUUCAACGACGUCUAUCAAGUUGGAGAUCAAAAGGUUAAGAUUGAUGGCAAGCAGGAGACUAUUGACGUCACCAAGUUUGCAUCUUCAUUGGCCGGCAUAACCUCCAAAUGGGGUCAGAGGCAAGACGGCAAGAAGGAUGGCCUGAUCGUCUUCUCUGGUGACUUGUUUUCGCCAUCAACAGAGAGCUCCAUCACUCGUGGCAAGCACAUGCCGCCUGUCGUCAAUGCUCUCGGAGUCGACGUUGGAUGUGUUGGAAAUCAUGAAUUUGACCUUGGCGUUCCCCAACUUCAAAAGUUAAUCAAAGAUACCUCAUUCCCCUGGCUUCUGAGUAAUGUCGUCGACGAGAAUACCGGAAAGGCGCCUGAAACCAUGGCCGAAUUAUACGUGCUGGAGAGAGCUGGGGUUCGCAUUGGCUUUGUUGGUCUCGUCGAAAAAGAGUGGAUCGCCACGGUAACCGGAUGGCCUGCAAAUUACAAGUGGAUGGACAUGGCAGAGGUUGGCAAGAAAUUGUCCACCGUCCUUCGUGACCCCGCCGGUGAACACAAAUGUGAUCUUGUCGUCGCGGUGACCCAUUCACG